UCGGGCGGGGCCCACGGCCCCCAGGAGCGGCUGCGGCUUCUCGGGCCGGUGAUCAUGGGCGUCGGCCUGUUCGUGUUCAUCUGUGCCAACACGCUGCUCUACGAGAACCGGGACCUGGAGACGCGCCCGGCCGCGCGGCGGGCCAGGGCGCUGCGCCCCGCCGACGGCCCCGCCUGGGACUGUGCGCUCCUUCCCAGCCCCGGCCCCAGGACUCCCCGAGCCGUGGGCUGCGCAGAGCCGGGAGGCUGGGACCUGUCCCCACGCCGGGGGGCCUCGCCCGUGCCCUCAGUGCGGAGUCUGCGCUCAGAGCCUGCCAAUCCUCGCUUGGGGCUCCCUGCCCUGCUCAACGGCUACCCGCUGCAGGGCCCGGGGCUGCCCCCGCCCUGGACCCCCGGCACCCGGGCUGGCCACGUGAUCAUCACGGUGCAGCCCUCCGGCUCCUGCAUCGAGCACUCCAAGUCUCUGGAUCUGGGCCUCGGAGAGCUCCUGCUCGGGGCCCCUGCAGCUCGGGACUGCGCACACGGAAGCUGGCCGCGGCUGGACCGCCUCAGUCUGCGGGGUUAUGCCAAACUGGGCGGGGGCUUGGCCCGGGUCUGAGGAGGCGGGCAGCCUGCGGGGAGGCCGCGGCGCCGACACUGCCUAACCGGAGGAUGGGAGUCCAGCCGGUCCAGCAGAUGGGCGCUCACAUCCCCGCCCGGCCUGCGCCCAGAGAGGGGCCUCCAGCGGUCCUGGCAGAGAAGCUGCUGCACUGGGGUUCAGGGCUGGCCCAGGGCGACUGAGUGUGGAGACCAGCCUGACUAGGCCUCAGAUUUCUCCAGCCUCCGUAUGUGGCCUUAGGCCUGGCUGGUACCUGAGGGGCUUGGAGGUGCCCCCGCUGACUGGGAAGUCCAGGCUGGCACAGACACCCAGAUCUGGAAGGCAGGUUGGGGUGGGCAGGUCCCUGCAAGGUGACCCUGGCGAUGGAGUGGCCUCCUAGGGGGAAGAUGAGCCAUGGGGUGAGCUGCGACCUCCACUGCCAUGGGAGAUGGGGACAGAGUCCCUGACACGCCCCUCUCUAGCUCCCCUCAUCCAGGGGGGCCCGUUGCUCAGGGCUGCGUACUGCCAAGGCUCCAGCGAGCAGGCGUAGGCCAGU